AUGACUAUCAAACUCGUUGGAUUUCCUAUCUCAACUGCUACUCUUAGAGUUAUUAUAUGCCUUAAGGAAUUAGCUGUUCCUUACGAACUCGACCCUCCACCUAGUUUUCAAUCUAUAAAAGAUGAUGAUUAUAUCGCGAAUAAGCAUCCAUUUGGAAGAAUUCCAGUGCUUUUUGAUGAUGAUUUUAGAAUUACCGAAUCUCGUGCAAUUUGCCGUUACCUAACAUCUAAAUACCAAGGCAAAUAUAAUAAUACCAUCUUGAUCCCUAAUGAUGUUCACAAAGCCGGAUUAGUCGAACAAUACAUUUCUUAUGAAUCAUUUUACUAUGACCCACCGGUUUCAACAAUCGUAUUUGAAGAAGUGUUUGCUAAAAAAUAUGUGGGUAACGAACCAAACGCUGAAGCUAUUAAGCAAUCUCGUGAAGAUCUUUCUAAAGUUUUAGAUGUUUAUGAGAAACUUUUGGAAGGAAAAGAAUAUUUGACUGGAGAAUUUUCUUUAGUUGAUAUCUUUCACUGUCCUGGUACUAAUUUAGCCUGCGGUACUGUCACACAUGCCGACUUAUGGGAUAAAAGGCCUAAUGUUAAAAAUUGGUGGAAUAGGUUGUGUAAUAGGGAGGCCAUUAAAAAAUCUUUUGAAGAAAUCGAAAGUUAA